AAAGGUUGUUGGUUAAUAUUUCCGAGUGUUUGCGAUAUUCUGCAAGUGAAUUUUUGUAAAACAGAAAGGUAGUUAAUUGAUUGCGCGGAGACUGUUAAAAUUGCACGGUUCAUAUGAUAAAUGCUUCUUUAUAUUACCGAUAAGUGAGUAAUAAUAAAUGAAAUGCAUUCCGCUUUUAUUCGCAUUUAGCAGAAAAUUAACUUCAGUGAGAAUUACAAGCCAUGUUUCGGGGAAAAUGUGCGCGCAUAGUGUAAAAAUUAAUAUAAAAAAAUAAAUUAAAUAUUCUGAGAUGUACAUUAGGUUGUGGAAGAGGCAGUGGUUGGGGUAGUGCAUACUCAGAGCUUAUUGUUUGUUAAUUUAUAAAUUAACUUGGCCAAAGGCAAAGUGGUCGAAUGAACAAUAGAAUUAUUUUUGAAAGAAAUCUUACUCGAAUUUGCAUGCAGCAUCAAGUGAAUUAAUGCUUUUUUUCCGAAUGUAUCGGAAUCAGGAGAAAACAGUAUUUUUAUAGAAACUCACUUAGUAUGAGUUAAGUAUAAAAAGACGUAGUUUAGUAAUUCAGUGCUAAGUUGAGAAGUUAAUAGUGAUUAUUCCCUUGGGAAUGGCCAAACGAAAAUCUGCCUACACAGCAACAACAACAAUAAGAAAACACAAAAACACCAGUAUAAGCAACAAAAACGUUCUGAAUGUAAUGUGGUAAGGUGGUGGUAGUGAAAUCUACGCUCGGGUGUACUUAAAAAAGAAAACAAGAAGUGCGCCAACAGUCAACGUGCGGUAAAAAGGCAAAAAUAAAAAAGUAGUUGAAGGUUAUUUAAAAUUUUCUGCUUUUAUUGCUAUAUUCGCCCCUUCCCCUACGCUAUGCGCAGGCGAACAAAUCAAACAAAGAAAGACCUAUUAAGAACAGUGUAAGCAGAGUAGUGUAGAACCAGAGCGACCGACCGUCAGAGAACGUUUAUUACUCUGCCAACGUUCUCUGCCCAUAUUCAUUUAUUUCUCAUCAUUUCAUUGUUCCCACUUAAUGCAAUGUAAACAAAAAAUCAAGUGUCAUCCGCCAAGCGCCAAGUUUUGUAUGAUAACAACAAAAACAGCUCACUACACUGACAACGUGUGUCCAUUCGGACGCGAUGAGUGCAAAUGAGAUCGCUAUAGUUCAGCUUUCGUAAAAAGUGGAAAGUCAGGAUGCAAGUGUGUGUGUAACAGUGAGUGGUUAAUUUUUCACUGCUUCCAAUAAGAAAAUAUUGACGGUGCUCGCAUUACGGAUGUACGACUAUUAAUAAAUUUAAUUUUGCAAUCCACAGUUUUCAAUUAACGUGCAAUAUCUCAUUAUUGUGUAGCAAAAAAAUAGUGUAGUGUAAAUGUAAAAAAGUUACAACUAACAAAAAUUUUAAUUGUAAACGCUUUGAGGCAUACAAGAACGCUGAGUAGUAAGCAGAGUACGCAAACUGCACGGCGCGGUGCGCCAGUUCCAGCAGCCUACAAGUGCAAGUGAGAAAAACGUAAAGAGUGCGCAACGUCGGCGAUCACUGUAGAACGAAAGAGAUAGUAGCGUGUGGGCUGCAUAGUGUAAAGCAGGCGUACGAGAGCUGGUAGCAGCGGCAGCAUCGGCUAACGUAGAAAUAUGUAAGGCGAAACAUUGCAAAUGUCAAUAAACUCUACAAAGAUCGCAUUACUUUUAAAAUGGGACUGCAUCAACGACAUCUAUCGAAUUUCUACAAACUGCACCAAAGCUCCAUAAAUGAAAAAAGGACUUUGUAAUAACAGAAAUUUACAAAGAUCGCUUAAAAAAGCGCACAAGUUAGACACAUUUAUUAUUAUUAUAGUUGAAGUGAAAUCAAAUUUUUGAUUCUAAGAAAUAAUGUCCUCCACAAAAGCAGAGAGCGCUGCUGGCGCCAAUCCCUCAGCGGCUGCCUUUGGCUCAACGCUAGCGGGCAAUGCGUUCCAGCUGCCCGUGAAUAUGCAUAACCAUGCUCAAAUAACUUCAAAUGGCAGUAGCUGUCACAGUACGAAUGGCACAACUACAACGACCACAACAACAACGCGCAACAAUAUAUCCGUCACGAAUAUCAAAUGCGAAAUGGAUGAGGGCAUUGCGGCAUCGUUCAUGCCCAACGGCAAUAUAAUGCCUGUCAUAGCUGCGACGGGCGCUGCCGGCUUCUAUAACGGUGCCAGCAGUGGGAGUGGUGGUGGUGGUGUUGGUAUACGUAUACCUGUCACGAAGGCGGAAGAUUCCGAUUCGGAGACUGAAUUGACGAACAUUGAGAAUUUAAAGGUGACGCGACGCGCGCACACAAAUGCGGACAGCAGUACGCCUGGCAGCAGUGCUGCUAUUGGCGGUAGCUCUAGUACCACAAAUCACAACAAGAAUGGACCCCGUCCCAUGUCCUGGGAAGGUGAACUCUCCGAAACGGAGACGACUGAAACGGAGCUCAUGGAAACGGAAAAUUCGUUAGGUAGUAGCGGCAUAUUGCCGAAUAGUUUAAACACCAGUAUUGGCGGCAUCGGUGUGGCGGUGAUUAAGAGUGAGGCGACCACCACAACACCUGGACACACGGUGGCGCCUACGCCUACACAUCCCAUUAAACCCGAGCAAAUGGAGCAAAUUUCCGUGGAGGUGCAUAGCGCUACGGCGGGUGCGGGUCCAUCUCGCAGUGGUUUGGGCAGCAGCAGCAGCGCGGGCAGUCUAUAUCCCACGCCACACACAAAACUAGCGCCUACGCAAAGUGAUCCCAUAAAUUUGAAAUACGAACCCGAUGCUUCCGCUACGGGGAUCAUUUCAGCUGGCGCUAAUGUAAACUCGCCACUUUUAACGCGCAAUAAAUCAGCCACGCUGCCAUUGCCUGCUAAUCCCAGCCCCGAUUCUGCCAUACAUUCCGUCUAUACGCACAGCUCACCAUCCCAAUCGCCGUUGACGUCGCGUCAUGCGCCCUACACCCCAUCGCUUAGUCGAAACAAUAGCGACGCAUCACACAGUUCUUGCUACUCCUACAGCUCAGAGUUUAGUCCAACACAUUCACCUAUACAGGGUAGACAUGCGCCACCAGCUCCUGCACUCUACGGCAGCUUCAAUGGCUCGUUGCAUCAUUCGGUGCUCUACCGACCCAUUUCGGUGGACAGCGGUGGUGCUGGCAAUGGCAAUUCCGGUGGAAACUGUAAUGCGGAGGUGCAAAAUCUUAGCAUGGACACGAAGGUCUCGCCACUCAAUAUAGGUCUUGAAGGAUUGCCUGCCUCGCCGGCUGGUAUUUCGCGUCAACAACUCAUCAAUUCACCCUGUCCCAUUUGUGGCGAUAAAAUUUCCGGCUUCCAUUAUGGUAUUUUCUCGUGCGAAUCUUGUAAGGGCUUUUUCAAGCGCACUGUCCAGAAUCGCAAAAAUUAUGUGUGCGUACGUGGCGGUCCUUGUCCGGUGAGCAUUUCGACGCGUAAGAAAUGUCCUGCCUGCCGUUUCGAAAAAUGUCUGCAGAAGGGCAUGAAGCUCGAAGCCAUACGAGAGGAUCGUACGCGUGGCGGCCGCUCCACGUACCAGUGCUCGUAUACGUUGCCCAAUUCGAUGCUAAGUCCGUUAUUGAGUCCCGAGCAGCAGGGUGUUGCUGCAGCAGUAGCAGCGGCUGCAGCAGCAGCGGCCAGUCAACAGCAGCAACAGGGACGACUUGGUACGCAAAUGGCGCAUGCAAUGACCGCACAGCAGCAGCCCGCAUUGAACGGGCUGACAGCGGGACUGAGUGUGGGACAAACAGUAAUCAAGUCGGAGCAGUGCGAUGACGGAGGUGCAUCGGCGCGUGCAACAAACAUUCCAACGUUACUGCAGGAAAUCAUGGAUGUUGAACAUCUGUGGCAGUAUAAUGAAGCCGAAUUGGCGCGUCUCAAUCAACCGAUCUCCUCAUCGUCUUCUUCAUCUUCCAAUGCAUCUUCGUCCUCAUCGUCCACUGCGGUUAGUGGCGGUGGUGCCACUGUCAAUCCACAAAUGACAAACCCUUUGCUGGCAAGUGCUGGCUUCGGUAACGGUGAAAAUACCAAUCCCGAUCUGAUUGCGCACCUGUGCAAUGUGGCGGAUCAUCGGCUGUACAAGAUCGUCAAAUGGUGCAAGAGUUUGCCACUCUUCAAGCAUAUUUCGAUCGAUGAUCAAAUUUGCCUACUGAUCAAUUCGUGGUGUGAAUUGCUGCUCUUCUCUUGCUGCUAUCGCUCAAUCGAUACGCCGGGCGAGAUCAAAAUGUCACAAGGCAAGAAGAUUAGCUUAGCGCAGGCGAAAUCAAGUGGCUUACAGGCCUGCAUUGAACGAAUGUUGAACCUGACAGAAAACUUGAGACGCCUACGAGUUGAUCGCUACGAAUAUGUUGCCAUGAAAGUGAUUGUGCUACUGCAGUCAGACACCAGCGAAUUACACGAGCCCGUCAAGGUGCGCGAGUGCCAGGAGAAGGCGUUGCAAGCCUUGCAGGCCUACACGCUUGCGCACUAUCCAGAUACGCCGUCCAAAUUUGGUGAGUUGCUGCUGCGCAUACCAGACUUACAAAAGACGUGCCAGCUUGGCAAGGAGAUGCUCACCAUAAAAUCACGUGACGGUGGCGAUUUCAAUUUACUUAUGGAGCUCCUGCGUGGAGAACAUUGACAAUUGCUCUGGCAGAGUGUGCACAGAGUAGAGCAACAGCAAGAAAAAGCAGCGAGGGUAGCGUUUGAAUGUCGCCAGCUGCUCAAUUGGCGAAGUGCAAUGGAUGUAGCCUCAAGUGAGGCCAGUAGUUGUGCUUGAACAGAAAGGAGUGAGAGCAAAAGGUGUAUGGAAUGUGACGCAAUGCUUCCAGAAAUUAUUAAGAAAGUUGCAAACGAAGACAGCUUAAAUUUAUAUGCAAAUGUAAACCUUAUAUUAGUGAAUGCUAACUAUCUAAGAAGAGAAAAAAAUCGCUAGCGUAAUGCAGUAAGAAAAUAUGAACCUAUUUUAAACUUGAUUUUAUAAGUAAAUAUAAAAGUGUAAUAGAUGUUAGUGUAUGGCGAAAUGCCCAGUUCGAGUAACUAAAAUUUUAGUAUUUUUUACUAUGCCCAUAAAUAAUUAGACUAAGUAAGCAGGCUUAAUUUAGAUACUAAUUAGCUAAGUAAGCGAAUAAAAAAACUUAAAUAUGAAAAACAUGUGCCUAAAUGAGUAAACGUUAAAGAAACUGAUAGUAAAAUGCAACAUAUUCAAAAGGAAUAUAAAACUUUUUUUUUUAAUUUUGUGUAACUAUGGAAAAUAGUGCAUGAAUGGAAAAAACACAAAAAUUCGAAAGCUGCGUUAGGCAUUCAAUACGCAGUCGUAGUCCAAAUGAAGUCAGCUGCAAGAGUAGUAACAGUUUGUGAAAAUGUUUCGUAGAGGCUGAGACUAAUUCUAAAAUAAUUUUUUCUUCGUUUUUUUUAUUGGACUGCAUGCGAUUGUGCGCCUUAUGUAGGUUUUCGAAAAAAUGAAUGAAAAUACACGCAAUAGUAUCAAUUAAAUAUUUGCCAAAUUUAUAAGAACUUUUGUAGUGCUUAAUA